AUGGAUGACUCUUUAAACAAGCUGCAAGAUAAAUUAAGAAAAGAAAGAACCAAUGAUCAGUUCAUUUUAAAUAAAUGUAAUUUUAAUAUUAUUGAACGAUAUGAAGAUUCAUCAAGUGAAGAAGAAAAUGAAUUUGAAAAUAAUAAUAAUAAUAAUAAUAAUAGUAAAGGAAAGAGCGAUUUAAAAAAUAAUUAUGAAAAUAAUAGCUUAUAUAAUCAAAAGAAAGAUAAUAUAAUGAAUGAUAACAAGAAUAACAAAAAUAAUGUAAGUAAAAACCAAAGCUGUACAAAUAAUCAGGCUUAUACAACAUAUAAUAAUUAUAAAUAUUUAAAUAAUAAUGUUAGUUUCCCUUUAGCUUUACAUAGAAGUAUAUUAAAUUUACAAAAGAAUAAUAAAAAUGAAAAACUACUGAAAGUACAAAUUUGUGAAGAUAAAGAGGUGACGACCAUUAAUAAGAAUAAUAAUAAUUACGAAAAAAAUAGGAUCAAUUAUAACAAUAUCCUUAAUCAUAAAAAGAACGUGAAAUAUAACGAUAAUAAUUCUGAUGAACAAAUAUCUAUUAAUGCAAAAAAAUAUAUAAAUGAAAAAUAUCACGAUGAUGCACAAAGCAAGUACAAUCUUACCUUUCAACUUAACAAAAAUGAAGUAGCAAAACUCGAAUGGACCAAUCCCGUUAAAGAUGAUGAAAUAAGAAUCAUAAAAAACAUCCAAGAAAUUAAAUUACAUGAAAUACGUUUUGAUUUUCAAGGAAAACUAAGAAUUCAAAUAAAUGAAAAAUUAUAUAAUGAAAAAGAAAAUAAAAUAAUAUUCAAUCAUUUUAAUGGAUUAUAUCAUCAUAAUGAAGAACCAUUAAAUAGCGGAUAUACACUUCCCGAAAUAUUAUAUUUGUGUCAAAGUUCUUAUAAUAAUCAAGUUUGUAUUUCAUUAAAAAUUUUAAAACAUGUUUUUAUAAAUAUGCACAUAAAAUUAUUAUAUAUAUAUCCUGCAUUUCAAAAUAUUUUUAAUUCCAAUUUUAUGAAAAAUAAAUAUUCUUAUGGAUUUACUUAUAAACGAUUUAGUAAUUAUAUUAAUAAUGAUUUAAAAAUAUUACAAAAAUUACUUAUUAUCUUUAAUUAUUACUAUAAUAAAAAUGUACAAAUAAAUUGUCUACAUGCCUUAGCUAGCUAUCUAUUUCCAAAUAAUAUUUUCCAAAUAAAUGAUAAUGUACUAUUUAAUGAAAAUAUUCACACAAAUAAUAAACAAGAAAAAUAUAAUUUUAUAUUCUUUCAAGAUUAUCAAUUAUUUUCAUAUUUAAACUUUUUUAGUGAUCUCUGCUUUUUUGUCGAUGGAUACAAUAUAUAUUUUUACUCAAACAAAAAAUAUAAAAUCAAAAAUUUUAAAUUGUCUAAUGUAUAUAAUAAAAAUGGUUUUGGUCAUAAUAUUCUGAACAAGUCAGGUCAAAAAGGAGAUCAGAAUAUUGAAGAGGAUAUUCCUGAUGAUUUGGAAGAUCAGAUGGAGGAUAUAUAUUUUUUGGAUGAAAAUAAUGAUAUAUAUGAAACAAAAAUAAAUGAAGUCGAUGCGAAUGAUGUAUCGAUUGAUAAGAAUGAUAUGUCGAUUGAUAAGAAUGAGACGGUUCAUAAUUUUUCGAAUUUUUUAAAAAGAUAUAAAGAAAAGGAUAGCUCGUUGUUAUUAAAAGAAGGAGAAGAUGGUAUUAAUGAUUUAUAUAUUGAUAAAAUAAAAAGAUGGAAUACAAAAAAAAAAAAAAAAAUUAAUGAUAAAAAUGUAGAUAUAAAUGUAAGUUAUAUAAAUGUAAGUUAUAUAAAUAAGAAUAAUCCUGUGGAUCAUGACCCCAUUAUACAUAAUGACAGUACUAGUAAACCAAAUAAUAAGAAUUUAAUGUCAUUUUUUGAAUAUAUGGAUACAAUUAAUUAUGAUCCUUUAAAACUUAGAAACCUCAAUUUUGAAACGAUAAAAUAUUGUUAUAUGAACAAAUAUAAUUAUAAUAAAAUAUUAAAUAAUAUAAAUAAUAUAUUAACAAAUAAUUUUGCUAUUAUAGAAAUAGAAAAUAGUUGUGUAUGCUUUUUAAUUGGAUUAUUAAUUAAGAAAAAACAAGAAAUAAAUAUAUUAAAAAAUAGUGAUUUAAUAAAAAAUAUAGAAAAAAUAUUAGAAUCCAAAAUGGUUGGAACAGAUUUAUAUCAAGAAAGAUUAAAUAAACAAAACAACAAUAAAAAUAAUUUAUUAUAUUCACAUGAAGAUAUAUUUAUAAAUCCUAUACAUAUAAAUUUUAUUUAUAAUUUGAUUACAUUAAUAAAAUAUAUUAUUAUAUAUAAUUAUGAUAAGGAAAUAUUAAAUAAAAUAGACAUAUUACCAUUUCUGAUGUUUUUCCGAACCUUACCAUUUUUUAUUAACAAUAAAAAUAAAGAAAAAGAUAUAAAUGAAUAUAUAAAUAUAAGCACACAUAAAGAUAUUAAAACAAAUACACACACCAAUAAAUAUAUAAACACGCCUUCUAAUGAGGAGGCGUAUUUUUUCAUUUCAACAGAAGUUAUUAAAAUUUUCCGUCUUUUAUUAUAUUGUAAUAUAUAUGUUGAAUCUGUAGAUUAUUUUCAUGAUAUAAUAAAUUACGUUAAUAAUUUGAUUGUACACAAAAAAAAAAAAAAGGAGGAAUGUCAUAUUUAUAAAAUGUUCUUAUCUCAAGUUUAUUUAUAUAUAAGUUUGUAUAAUAUUAUGCAUGCUGAUAAAGAACUUUCCGGUCUUUUGUAUCAAAAUAAAAUUAUGAUAACUUUAAAAAAUUAUGUAAAUAAUAAUAUUUGUUCUUCUUUAAUUUAUGAUGAUAAUAUUAAAUCUAUUACUAAAUGGGAUCAAUAUGAAAAAGACAUUUCACAAAAUGAAAAACAUGAUCGAUUAAAUGAUCUAUCAAAAAAUGGUAGUACAGCAUGUUACACGUUUAAUAUAUUAUGUGACUUAGAAUUAUUACAUCAGUGUUACACGUAUAUAUAUUCUAUAUUUAUAGCUACUAGAAAAAUGAAAGAUAAUAAAAUAAAGGACAAAAAAAAAAAAAAUAAUCAUCUUAAUAUUAAUAAUAAUAUUGAUAAUAACAUGAAUGAUAAGGAAGAUAGAUUUAUAAAUAAUGAGCUUAUAAAGAAUAUUUUAAAAAAUAUUAAAGUUGUGGUUUCAUUUAUUAAAAAUAAUUUGAAGCACUUACUUAAUUUUUAUAUUGAAAAAGAGGAAGGAAAUAAAACAAAGAAUAAUAUAAUAAGAACAAUAAUAAAAGAAAUAUGGGAUGAAUGUCCUUUUCCAUUUAAUUAUGUGAUAUAUAAUAAAAGAGAAACCAAUUUAUAUCUUUUCUUUUUAGUAUAUAUACAGAUAUUAAAUGUUAUAUUAAAUAUUUAUUAUAUUUUAAUACAUAUGGAACAUAUAAAAGAAGAAGCGGUUAUGUUAAUAUUUAUCAAAAGUAUAUUUGAGGAUAUAGAGGAUGAAAUAUUAAUUAAUUUUAUGAUGAAUGUAUUUAAAGAAGAAAAUAUACUACAAUCGCAUAAUAUUUUUUUACCAUUGGCAUAUUUGUUUUAUAAUAUAUAUAAGAUAAAAUGUUUUUAUAAUAAUAAUAAUAAUAAUAAUAUUAUAAAGGUAGAGAAAAGAAAUAUGAACUUCCAUUUAUUAUUAUUUUAUUCUUUAACAUAUUCUUCAUCGUUAUAUUUAAAUUUUGAAUGCUUGAAGGAAAUUUUUAAUAAUCCCUUUUUUUUAUGUGAUGAUAUAAAAAAUGACACACCAAUGAAAAGGAUUACUCUCGAUAAUGUAGAUAAAAUAGAAGCAGAGAGAUGUCAUAAGAAAGAAGUUAUUGUUAAUAUAAAAGAAGAUUUAAUAAAUAUAGAAAAUAAUAAAACAGAAAUUUAUAUAUAUAAAGAAGAUUUAAUAAAUAUAGAAAAUAAUAAAACAGAAAUUGAUAUAUAUAAAGAAGAUUUAAUAAAUAUAGAAAAUAAUAAAACAGAAAUUGAUAUAUAUAAAGAAGAUUUAAUAAAUAUAGAAAAUAAUAAAACAGAAAAUGAUAUAUAUAAAGAAGACAUUGUUCCAAGUUAUGGUAAUUUAGAAAAAAAGAAAAAAGAACAUAUAUACAUAUUAACCUUUUUAAAAAAAUAUAUAUCUAGUCGUAAUAAUAAAUGUUUCUUAUUUUUUCAAAGUAAAAAAAAUCUUAUCUUAUUAUUCGUUAUAAACAUUUUUAAGGCCUGUUGCAAAGAGGCUAAUAAAAUUAAAAAAGAAGAGAAAUUAAAUAUAGAAAAAAAUUUAGAAUUGUUAUUAAAUCAAUAUUUUAUUGAUUUUUUAUCAAACCAUAUGGACAUCGACAUAUUUUUAAAAAUAUUUCUGUCCAUAUUUAUGGUAGAUAAUUCAAAAUCUAUUGGAGACCAUGUAAGUGAAGAAAGAAAUAUAUACGUGUUAUUAGAAAGAAUAGCAUAUAUAUAUAUAUUUAAAAGGAUAAGUAUAGCUUCGGACACACCACAAAAAAAUAAUAUAAAAUGUGGCAAAAGGGAUAACACACACAAUGAUGAUGAUGAUAAUGAUGAUGAUGAUAAUGAUGAUGAUGAUAAUAAUAAUGAUGAUAAUGAUAAUAAUAAUGAUAAUAAUAAUGAUAAUAAUAAUAAUGAUAAUAAUGAUGAUAAUAAUAAUAAUAAUCAUUAUUAUAAUGGAUGUGAUACUAUGAACAGUUUUACAAUAAAUUUGUCACCCACUUUAUUUUUAGAAAAAAUUAAGAAUAUAAUUAUAACAUUUACUAAUAACAACAAUUCAGAUAUAACAAAAGAUAAAAGUGUUUCAUACAAUAUGGAACACUUAAAUAAAUUUAGAAAUGAAAAUAGAAGUAUUAUUACUUGUUAUAAUAAUCCAAAAGAAAUAUUAAUUAAUCAAAAUAUUUUUGUUAUUAUUUAUCAACAAAUUAUAGAAUCAUAUAAAAGGGGUUGUUUUUUUAAUCCUUUAUUUUUAUCCUUUUUAUUUUUUUUUUCUUCUAGUUUCUUUCCAAAGGUAUGUUGUGAAUUAUUUUUUAAUGAUGAUGAUUUAAUAAAAAUGUUAGCUAAAAAUGUUUUUAUACAUUUUUAUGAUAAUACUCAUUAUAUUAUAUUUACAACUUCGACUUAUUAUGGAGAGGAACAAAAUAAUUAUCUCAUCAAUAUAACACAUUUGUUCCCACCACUUUAUUCAUUUAUAAAAAAUACGACCCAAGAGGAAAUUAACUUAAAUACAAAUUUGGAAUCGUAUUUUAAAAGUGUAAAAAAAGAAAAUCUAUAUACAAGUUUGUUACACUUUAUAUUUUAUAUGAAGCAGGCCUUUUCACAAAAAUAA